UCCAGGUGUUCGCUCAACUCUACCUUAGACCAACAACACAAUGAUUUUUUGUGCAGUUUUCACAGUACCCCCUCAGACAGACACUUAUUGUAGUGACAUCCACUUUUAAUAUUGCCUCUUGUCUGAUGACACCUGCUGAAUAAUAUUUCCACGUUCACAGUCUUCUCUAAGUAGUGACCAGCUGCGGGCCCUAAAUAAUCACAGACAAGUAUUAAAUGACAAGCGGCAGGCGCAGAUCCAGGCUGACUUCAGGAAGGCCAUUGAAUCCUCGGAGCAGGAACCUGGUGGCAGUGCGCGGAGGGACGUUACUCCAGUAUGGAAGAUUCGGAUUGUGGAUUACAAAGACCAUGACUGCACCUCUGCCUACAUGUUAAACAUAUGGCGACCAUUACCUGAUGUAGUGUCACUGCUAAAGGAAGGAGGACGUUUCAAGAUAUAUCAGCUGGCAGCUUCCCAGUCAAAGGGAAAAUCGGACACUGCUGCGGUGCAGCUGACCGCCACCAAGAAGACACAGUUCCAGCAGUUGCAGCCCCUACAGCACCUUGAGCAGAUUUACACCGACAGACAAGUGACACCGAUCAGUCACUUCCUGGAGCCUCAUUUCACAGCUGCAUACGGAGAAGUGGAUGUGGUGGGACUGGUGGUCUCCACACAACAAAAACCAGGUGCCGCUCCGUUGGUUUAUAUGUCGGAUGAGACAUGUAAUGUUGUGGCGUUAAAGUUCUAUACGGAUCUCGGACAGCUGGCCUUGGAAGAGCUCACCAGACCACACACUUUCAUCUCUGCUGCUAACCUUCGCUGGAGGUCAGAGUACGUGUCUGGAGUUCCUACAGUGUUUGCUGGAGACCUGUCCUUUGUUACGGCGAAUCCCAAAGAGCAUCAUCUACAAAAAGCUAUUCAAAAACUGCGUCAGUCCAUAGAGUCUGUUCCAGAAUUUUGCAAAGAAAUGGAGAACAAACUGAUGAACGUCCUGCAAGCUCAAAACCCACAGGACAGAGCGUCUUUAGCGUGCUGCAGUGUGGAUCCGCGCUCUCAUCUAGUAGCAGGAAGCAGAUGUUCUACACCAGGGCCAAAAAUCAAUAAUCUCCAAAUGAAACCCGUGUCGACACCUGCUGGAAGCAAUACAGUUUUGAACACAAGUAUGGAAUUCGACCCGAAGACCUGCAAGAAGAUGAAAGGAUUGGAUUAUCUGAGUCGAAUACCAUCCCCUGCCCCCCUAACUCCAGUGGGGACAAUACUAUCGCCUUCAAUACAAAGGGCAUUUCGGCCUCCUCGGAGCUUACACAAAGAAGAUCGAACAUGUGCAAAGACCACUCCAAAUCCAGACUCUAGUACCCCAGGUAAACUAGAAGGAGGGUUCGUUGCAGAUGAAGAGCUGGCCAUGAUUAAUACACAAGCUCUUGUAUCGGGAUUAGAAGGGGGCGGCAAACUGACUUCUGAACGGGACAUUCAGAAGAAGAUAACCCCCAACGUCAACUGUCCAGAAAGUGGAAAGGCCCAGGUGACUGAAGAAGAACCUCAGGUGCCUUACCAGAGACGACUGUGCAGGAAAAGAAAGCAGAAGCCCUGAAAGUGUAAUAAUAUAACGGGACGUGGGGAAAAGAGGGACGGAGUCUGUAUAUAUGUUUAAUAUGUUUAAUAAUCUGUACAGUUAUUUAUAAAAAGUUCUCUGUAAAAUCUGGUUUCUUAUAAAAAAAAAAUCUAUGAAAGUACAAGAAAGGAAAGGAGCAUUUGUAGACACAGAAUCAAAGAUGACAUAACACAUAAUAAAGAUGCUGUUAAUUAGGAAAGAUUCGCAGGGAACGACUACAUUGGUCAAAAAACUGCAACAAGUGGAGCUGAGCUAUAGUACAAAGCAGGACCCCCUAUAAUUAUACACUGAAACCGCCUUUCUUAAAUGUAGCUGUCCAACAUACUGUUUUCAAGUGUUCACCAUUUCAAGACCUCUGCUUACUUUCAUAAAAUGGAAAAAAAAAAUGUAAGGUGUUUGUUACAGUGUAUCAGUGAGGGUACAAACCAUCAGAUGCAGAUACACUGUAUGAACACCUCACUUGUGAGAGGGCAUUCAGCUCCUGCAUAUAAACAAGACUGUUUCAAUUCAUUGACUGCAAACAGACCUUAAAUAUAGUGAGAACUUGAUGCACAAAGUGCUUUUAUAAAAGUUUCCAUCGUACAGUGACUAAUGGUCCUGACAAUGUUUGUAGAAAUACCAGUCCCAGUAACUGACCUGAGCAAAGGCUCUUUCCUCGGGUGAUCGUGUCUGGGCAGCAGAUCGUCCUGUACAAAACAGGGAUCUGCUGACCGGACACACUGAGACUCUAUGGGGACAAGCGAUUGUACAGAUAGGACUCCGGCAGAGCAAACUUAAAGGGCAUCUGUCAGCAGAUUUGUACGGCCUCGUUUGGAGAUCCAGCAGGCUGACCGGUGCAGUGAGGUCCGGCAGUGAUCUGGUAAUCCGUUGCAUGGCCCUCUCCACUUUGAUUGUCAGGACCAGGUGUGAACAUGGUUUCACUGCCUGGUCCUGUCAAUCAAAGUACAGAGGACGCGGCAGUUGCAGAGAGAGCAGAGCCUCUAGGUGUAAUGACAACG